AACGUCUCAGAUUGUUUCAGCAUCAAGCAGUUUCACAACUCGAACAUCAAUGACAAUACUUCCUUGGAACCAAGAACGAUUUCUCAGUGACAAUCAACUUAGAAAUAUUAUUUCUGUACUCACCGAAUUCUGUGCAUUUUCAACUUCAUCUAAGUGAGGUUCUCUUGAACCACACCCAAGCGCAGUCAAACAAGACUUACUCUAGACCAAGAGAGAAUCUAUACUCGUGUAACGUUACUCGAUAGCUGAAGCAAACUCGAAAAUGCAAAGGCGACUGCGUUUAAGGGAUUGGUUAGUUGUUCAAAUAGAAAGUGGUAAUUUCCUUGGCCUGGAAUGGCUUGAUAAAGAAAGGCGUAUUUUCCGUGUCCCAUGGAAGCAUGGUUCGAGGCAGUCAUGGAAGGAAGAGGUCGACGCUGCCGUUUUUCGUGAAUGGGCCAUCUACACUGGCAGGUAYGAUGCAAGAAAGAUGGCACCAAAUCCUCGAAGAUGGAAGACGAAUUUUCGCUGUGCACUCAAUGCUCUACCUGACAUCGAAGAAGUGACGGAAAAAAGUUGUACACGAGGAAACAAUGCGUUUAAAGUCUACCGCAUGAAACCCAUGCCAAGGUCUAUGGGCUUCAGAGGUCCUGAUGAAAUGCUUCUUAAACGAAUAAACAAAAUGAAAAUGAAUGAAAAUGUCGUUUAUGAUGGCGAAUACUGGUUGAAUACACGAGAAUGCAAGCCCGGUGCAUACUCACCAUGUGAUGAACGUGGUUUUUACUAUCCUAACCAAGUCAGUCACUAUAGCAACCCCAGCUAUUGUUCUAUACCAGAAGUCGAACAAGCAGUUCCUAACGAUCACGAGAUUGUUGAGAUGGUUGACCAGCUUCUUUUUCCUACACAUUUCCAGAUAGUCGAUCAGCUUGCUCAAGACUUUGACAGUGAUCUUGCUAGCAAUUCUACUGGUAGCUGUGUGACCACCCCCGAUAGUGCCUGUGUAACCUCGCCUGGCUUUUGUCACGCGGAGCAAGGUUCAUACCCGAUGUACACAUCAUUAAGGAUUGCCAACAUGUAACUACAGAAUUUAUCAACAAGACAUGACCAUUACCUAAACAGAACACUGAAAACGAGAUUGUAAAAGCCAUAUUUAAAAGUGGCUUAUCAUGCUGGUAUUAUCAUAGCACAAGUGACGAUUGAGCAGAUCGUCGAAAAAUGCAAUUAGUAUCUCACGGCUCAUAGCCCGAUGAGAUUGAACAAUGACUUUAAUUUCGUUUCAUUAGUUUUGUUGAACAUGGAAUUGUUAAUUUUCUGUGUAUAGCGAAAUCAAAUUUGUAGAAGAUGAAAUGUACCAAAAAUUAAUAAAAUGUAUUCAAAAUGUAC